UAUCUGCUGGGGUCCACAGGCUGUCUGGUCAGGAUGCCUCACCGCAGCUGCACUGUGGAAAUUCAGAAUAACUCCGCCUACUACACACUGACCAACCCAAGGGUGUUCACGGAGAGCGGUUGCUGUGAAAUCCCUCUGCCGCCCAUGGUUGGUCCUGGCGCUUUCGCCAGCGCACUCUUCAACAAGAUCACCGGGGCCGCUACUGGAGCUGUAGGGGUCAUGACCUAUGACCUCUUCAACCCUGACCUGAAUGAUUACAGCCAUAUAGUGGCCAUCAUGUACUCUGUGCCCUUUGACCGAAAUCUUUAUUCCAACUGGUUUGCAGUGGGAAUCUUUGACAGAGGCAACAACUGCGACUACAACCUGUACGAUAUCAUGUACAACGGCAGCGAAAACUGCUUCGUCAGAGCGCAGGCCGACGGGUCCAGCAGCUCUUAUGAGGGCGAUUACGUCACCGUCAGCGCCUCCAUGUCAGAGUCCGGUGAAGCAGUGCUAAAGGUCGACCUCACCGACACCGACACGUACUGA